AUGACGAAGCACCCGGCGAAGCGGCUGGGCUGCAGUCCGGAGGGAGAGCGCGACAUCCGGGAGCACAGCUUCUUCCGCUACAUGGACUGGGAGAAACUGGAGAACAAGGAAGUGCAGCCGCCGUUCAAGCCGCGAGCCUGUGGACGCGAGGCGGAAAACUUUGACCGCUUUUUUACCCGCCACCCGCCCGUGCUGACCCCGCCCGACGAGGAGGUCAUACAGAACCUGGACCAGGACGAGUUUCAGGGCUUCUCCUUUAUCAACCCAGAGUUCCCCGGAGCCACCCCCCCCACCGGCGACGCAGAGCAGGCCUGA